AGGUUGUGGUUUCCAUUAUAGAUCUUUAGCCUCCCCUGUCCCUCCCCUCCCCUCCCCGUGGAUCUGAUUCUCUAACACUCCGACAUCCCCCCUCCUCCCUGUCUCUCCUCCGUUUCUUCAACCUAAUCCUCGGUAAUACACUCAAGAAAGGUCAUAUCUUUGCAAUUUCUUCAACCCUGAUCAUAUACCAAUCUUUCAGACUAUUUCAUAUCCCUCUAUGGUGAUUAAUUUUAUCUUGAUUUCGAAUUCGAACCACCUUCUUAUCCACCGCCAAUCUUUUUGUUUGUUCCGAGAUUAAAAACCCUUUAUUGGUAUCUGUUUACCACCACAAACACAAAACAAAACGAAAUCACAAGCUAUACAGAACUACCGGGAGGAGUACCCGACAUCUUCGCAGGCUAGAUCGUAAUCGUGAAUGGAAGAGAGAGAAUUGGAGAAGUAAAAAAAAAAUUAUAAAGUUGGAAAGGAAUGCUAUAUCUGAAGCAACCAAACUCCAUGUGUUCGGGGUUUUGUUACUGGGCAGAGUCUAUAUAUAAUUAAACAGCCGCAGGGUUGAAUGCUCUUCUGAUUUGAUUUUUCGAACCGAGCCCUGAGGAGGAGGCUCGGAUCUGGAUUGGACAAGCAUCUGAUAGUAAUAACAAUGGCGACAGAUAAUGAGCAUAUCUCCCCUCCUUUUGAGGAACCAAUACCAUGCUUCUCUUUAAUGCCCGCGUCAGAAAGCGAGUCUAAUGUUCCUCUUGAUGAACCAUCCACCUCCCCGGUGGCUGCUCCACUUGCUUUUCUGCAAAAAUUCAGGCUUUACGAGACUCGAUCGAAAUAUUACAUGGUAGGAAGAGACAAGAGUCGCAGAUACUGGAGGGUAUUAAAAAUUGACAGGUUAGAGACUUCUGAGCUUAGCAUCCGUGAGGAUUCAACAACUUAUACAGAAUGUGAAUGUUCUGAACUCUUAAGAAGGAUCCAUGAGGGUAAUAAAUCCACAGGUGGACUCAAAUUCAUCACCACUUGCUAUGGAAUUGUUGGUUUCAUUAAAUUUCUUGGACCAUAUUACAUGUUGCUAAUUACACAAAGAAGACCAAUUGGCUCAAUUGGUGGCCAUAUAGUAUAUGCAAUCUCCAAGACUGAAAUGAUAGCCCUAUCUGAUUCUGUAACUCAGAUAAAUUUAACUACUUGGAGACAUGAAAAUAGAUACAAGAAGCUUCUGUCCAUGGUGGAUCUUACAAAGGACUUCUUUUUCAGCUAUUCGUAUAAUAUCAUGCGUAGUCUUCAGAAGAACAGUUGUAAUGAUGAAACAGGAAAUGUUCUUUAUGAGACGAUGUUUGUCUGGAAUGAAUUUUUAACCCGUGGGGCCCGAAAUUCCCUCCAAAAUACUAUGUGGACAGUGGCUUUGGUUUAUGGUUUUUUUAAACAAGAUAAACUUUCAAUAUCUGGACGUGACUUCAGAUUGACUCUCAUUUCAAGACGUUCACGCCAUUAUGCUGGGACCCGGUACUUAAAACGAGGGGUAAAUGAGGAAGGAAGAGUUGCUAAUGAUGUAGAAACAGAGCAAAUUUUGAUUGAAGAUGUUCCAGAAGGAUCUCCUAUGAAAAUCAGCUCUGUUGUACAAAAUCGUGGAUCUAUUCCACUUUUUUGGUCUCAAGAAACUUCACGCCUCAAUAUUAAGCCUGAUAUUAUGUUGUCAAGGAGGGAUCAAAACUAUGAAGCUACAAGACUUCAUUUUCAGAAUCUUGUAAAGAGAUAUGGAAACCCCAUCAUUAUAUUAAACCUAAUAAAGACUAAUGAAAGAAGGCCUCGAGAGUCAAUCCUUCGUACUGAAUUUGCUAAUGCAAUUAAUUCUAUUAAUAAAGAUCUAUCAGAAGAAAAACGUCUCAAAUUUCUUCAUUGGGAUCUUCACAAACAUUCUAGAAGCAAAGGGACAAAUGCAUUGCUAAUUUUAGGAAGAUUGACUUCUUACGCGUUGACUUUGACCGGUUUCUUCUACUGUCAAGUUAUACCAGAAUAUAAACCCGAUGGGUGCUUAAGAUGGCCAUAUUUUGAAAAUGAAAUUGGCAAUGAUGUGAAGAAGGAAAAAGAAAAACUUUGUGUGGAAAAAGAUAACAACAACUUUGUUAGAGCAGCAAUGUUCCAAAAAGGGAUUUUAAGGACAAAUUGCAUAGAUUGUUUGGAUCGAACAAAUGUUGCACAAUAUGCAUAUGGUUUAGCUGCUUUAGGACAUCAACUCCAUGCUUUAGAAGCAAUAACUUCUUCAAAACUUGAACUUGAUGAUCCUUUAGCAGAAGAAUUAAUGGGAUUUUAUGAGAGAAUGGGUGACACUCUUGCUCAUCAAUAUGGUGGUUCAGCUGCACAUAACAAGGUGUUUUCUGAGAGAAGGGGACAAUGGAAAGCUGCAACACAAUCACAGGAGUUUUUUAGAACUCUUCAAAGGUACUACAACAAUGCAUACAUGGAUGCAGAGAAACAAAAUGCUAUAAAUGUAUUUUUAGGGCACUUUCAGCCACAAGAUGGGAAACCUCAAGUGUGGGAAGUCGAUCCAGAGCAGUAUUCUACUGUAUAUGGGAAUGGACAAUCAAUUGUGGAUGAAGAUAGGAGGUCAUUGCAUAAGAAAUCAUUAUCAGAUGGAAAUAUUAUACGUGAGAGCAAGUUGCCUCCUUCAAGCUCUAGUCUUGGAAAGAGUUUAGCUUCUUCUGAUCAAAACAAAAUGAUGUCUGAAUCUACACCAGAUGUAUUAGCAUGUGGAAGUGGCUUGAAGUACUCAAGGGAGGCUUUUGGUGACUUUAAAGAUGGAUCAUUUGAUCAUGAGAAAUGUGACUCCUUUGACUGCUCAAACUUUGUUGACCUAGAUUGGCUUUCAUGUGAACAACAGUUUAUGGACAGAUCGAUUUUCAAAAACUCUUCUUCAGUGGCAGCUGAGAAUGAAAUUGUAGCACAAACAACUCCUUCCACCAGUGAAUCCAGCAUGAAGGGGAGCAAGCAUGCUGAUGAUAAUGAUACGAAUGAUUUUGAAGUUGGUGAGGAAUUUUCAGAUAGUUUUCUGAGUUGGGUCAACAAUGGAGAGACUCUUUGUCAUUGAGACUGAUGCUUAUUGGGUCUCUAAAGUUAUAUUCUUUUUUCAAUUCAAUGGGAGGAAAUAUCAAUUAUCAAAUAUGGAGGACUGGUUUUGAAAACUACAUCUUUCUUUAUGCAAUAGUUUGAGAGAGAAAAAGAGGCCAGGGUCAAUAGUGAAAGUUUCUGUUGUUGGUGGGUUGGUUUUGUAAAUAUAAAUGUAUCACUACUAUGAUGAGGUAUAGGAGAUACGAUGUUUGUUUCGGAAGCUGAUUCUUAACAACCAUAUAUAAAAUAUAAGUUAUGUUACUUUCA